CUCACCUCUGUCCUCAGAUGCCCCACCCGUUCAGUCGCUACCGCCUCAGGCUCUUCGGGGACUUUGUGCGCAUCGCACUCACGCCGUCGCUAAUUUUCUGGACGGCCCGUGCGGUCACGAACACUCGGCUAGGCCUGCCGACACCGAUAGCGUGGAUCGCGUUCCUCUUUGCCGCAAAUUACGCAAGAGUCCAAUACUACGGAUAUCGGCAACGUGCGGAAGCUCGUCGUCGAGGUUGUCAACUGCCAGUGCAGGUCGUUGGACGAUGGCCCGGGAACAUCGACAUUCUCAUAAAGAUCGGGCAGGCAGCCCUCACGAUGUACCCGGGUGGCUUCUACCUCGGCCUGUUCGAGGAGUACCAGUGCACGACGCUGAACCUCAGACUGCUCUGGUCAGACAUGAUCAUAACGAUGGACGAGCAACACAUCAAGCACGUCCUCGCCACGGGCUUCAACCACUUCUGGCGGGGCCGGCGGCAGAAGGAGCGCAUGGAAACCUUCCUCGGAGACGGGAUAUUCAACCGCGAUGACGAGGAAUGGAAGAAGCACCGCGCGCUCGCCCGCCCGUUCUUCGCCAAGGACCGCGUCUCCGACUUUGAGCUCUUCGAGAAACACGCCGGCACGACGCUCGCGGUGCUGCGGGGCCUCGCGGGGCGCGGGGCGGCGGUCGACGCGCAGGACCUCUACGCGCGCUUCUCGCUCGACGCCGCGGCCGAGUUCCUGUUCGGCGAGCGCCUCGACACGCUGCACGGCGCGCUGCCCGUCGCGGGGCGGGCGCGGCUGGGCAGGAAGGGCUCGGCGACGGAGGACGCGUUCGGCGCGUUCGUCGGCGCGUUCGAGGCCGUCCAGAACAUCAUCACCACCCGCCAGGUCCGCGGCUACUUCUGGCCCGUCCGGGAGCUCGUCCAGGACGAGGCCGAGCCGCACGCCGCGGUCAUCGGCGCGUUCCUCGAGCCGAUCGUCCAGAGGGCGUUGGACAGGAAGAGGAAGAUGCGCGAGGCUGGCGUCUCGCCGACGACGGAGCACGAUACGUUCCUGGACUACCUGGCGGAGCACACUGAAGAUACGAAAGUGAUCAGAGACCAGCUCCUCAACAUCCUGCUUGCUGGGAGAGACACCACGGCGUGCCUGCUCACCUUCAUCACUUACGCGAUGGCUAUGUACCCCGAUGUUGCUCGGAGAAUGCGGCAGGAGGUGCUGCAGGUCUGUGGACAACACGAUGCGCCGACGUUUGACAAGAUAAAGUCAUUACGUUAUGUGCACGCCGUGAUCAACGAGACGCUGCGCGUCUUCCCGCCCGUGCCCAUCAACGUCCGCGAGACGCGUGAGCCCGGCGUCGUCCUGCCGCCGUCCGACCCGACGCACGCCGCGUCCGGUGCGCCGAUAUACGUGCCCGGCAGCACGGUGGUCAUGUACCUCCCGAUCCUGACGCAGCGCAACAAGGCGCUCUGGGGCGACGACGCCGACGUCUUCGACCCCGAUCGCUGGCUCGACGCCCGCCUGCAGCGGUUCACGGAGAACCCGAUGAUGUACACGCCCUUCAGCGGCGGCCCGCGCAUCGUAAGCACACACUUUUUUUCCCCCUUCUCCUCUCCUCUACCUCUCCUCUACCUCUCCUCUACCUCUCCCCUUCCCUUCCCUGCUGCGUCCGGCUAGAGAUGCUCACCUGUGCGCGCAGUGCAUCGGCCAGAACUACGCGCGCAACGAGGCGACGUACUUCCUCGUCCGGCUCCUCCAGCAGUUCGACAGCGUCGCGCUCGCGCCCGAGGCCCAGCCCGCGGGGUCGCACCCGCCGCCCGAGUGGCGGCACGACCCCGGCCGCGCGUGCGGAGAGCGCGUGCGCCCGGCGUACGCGAUGACGCUCUACGUCAAGGUGCGUUCGCCCCUGGGUCACGCAUGCGUGUGCGGCGUCCUGACGCAUCUGUCAACCUUCUCCAGGGCGGCCUCUGGGUCCGGUUCGGACAACACGCGGACGAUGCGGAGUAAGUCGGGCCGUUCCCCGCUCUCCCCACGCUCUGGCAGUGGUGCGAGCCCCCCGUGCCUCGCUGCUAAAUCCCCGCCGGCGCGGUGUCUGAUGCCGGUGGCGCCAUUCCACCUUGUUUUUUGUUUUUGUUUUGCGCACACCCACUACGUACGAGAUGACGCCAGUGCUGUGGUUGCGUCCUGCGGCACUUUCCGCCCAGAGCUUGGAUAGUGCUCCUCCCGCGCGGACGCCCACGGCGCUCACGACGACUUCCAACGACCCCCCCCCUCCCCCCUGCGGCACCGGAGGAUACCCUAUUUAUACGUAUUCUAUAGAGAGCAGGACACGUUCGAACUUGUAGACACGUCUCGGCUGUAAACACUUCUGUACACCGUAGCUUCCAUCAAAUGGACCCCGACGCCACGAGGCUCA